GCAAGAGAAAAAAACAUGCCCAAAAAAGCACACAAAGCUUGGCUGGAGGCGGCGGCAGGGCGAAUCUCCGCAGUCUCAGAUAACCCCACUCUCGCCACCAUCCCUUUCCCCACCUUCCCCAUCUCCCCCCGAACAAACCUCUCUCUUCCGACGCCAAACCCCUAGCUACCUAGUACGGCCAAUCCAUCCAUCCACCGAGCUAGCUCAAAUCGCCAGCCCCAGAUCCCUCCUCUCCGGGCCGCCGAUGACGACGACGACGACCGCCACCACCAAGGCGAAGCUCGGGGAGCUAGUGUGGGAGCACCGGCUGCGGGCGGCGGCCGCGGUGGCGCUCCUGGCGGCCGCCGUGGUGUCGGUGUCCGCCAUCGGGCCCCGGCUCGGCGCCGUGGUCUCCUUCUUCUGGCCGCUGCUCGUCUCCACCGCCUUCUUCCUCGUCGCCAUGACCGUGCUGCUCCGGAUCUCGCCGCCGCCCGCCGGCGCCGACGACUCCGGCAAGGACCUCGUCGACUUCGUCGCCGGCCCCCACCACAUGGACCACUUCCUCCCGGAGGCCUGCGCCACCGUCGAGGUGCCGCCGGAGAUCUAAGCAGAGCCGACCAGGCGGAGGAGAAGCAUCACACAGCGGCAGCGAGAUGGCGUCAGCGGGGUUGGCUGGUAGGGAUGUGGGGUAACCUGUGCGGGCCCACCUGGUAGUCGGGGGCCAGGCGCGGUGGUGCGGCCAUGGUUCCGGUAGGAUAUCCUCCGUCUCCGUGGUGUGGUGUACUGUGUACAAUACUGCCAAUUCAAUAAAAUUGUUACAGAUUCGCCCUGUC